AUGAAAGAAUCGUCAGAAUUGCAGAAAAUUUAUCGAGCAAUAUUUCUUCGUGGAGCUGGAGAUAAGGAUGUGACGAAUUUAAGUAGUUGGAGUGAAAAGGAUUUUAUGGCUUUAAGAAAUACCUUGAAUCAAUUUAUCGCACAUAUUCGAUUCUUCGAAAUUUCUUUAAAAGAUUUUCAUAGUAAGAUUCUGCCUUUUAAGAAAGUGUUACCUCAAUCCCUAUUUGAAGAUAUCGUGUCGUUUCAUAAGUCUAAUAAUACUGAACCUAUGCAAAAUAGAUUGGUUCCUCGUUAUCAAAAAAUUCCUAUUGAUUCAAUGAUCAUUAAACCAAAACAUGCGGUUACCCUUGCUAAUUGGAUUCAAAGAAAAGAUGCUAAUGCAAGAAUUCCAAUAGAAAAUAAAUUUAAAUUUAAUCUUAUUUAUCGUGGAAGUAGAGAUGGCUUUGAUACCAAUGCUAUACGAAGUCAUGGUAAUGGACAUGAAGAAUGCAUUCUAGUUAUUAAAAUUGAAGAAAAUGAAACAAUAAUUGGUGGUUAUAAUCCUAUUGGCUGGAAUUAUAAUGUUGUUCAAAAUAAUUUUUUUGGUGGUGGAAGACGUGGAAGACAAAGAUCAAGUCAAGGACGUAGAUUUGAUAAAGGUUUUAGUCUUAAUAUGAUACUUGAAGAUUAUUGGGUUAAUACUGCCGAUUGUUUUAUCUUCUCUUUAGGUGAUGGAAACGAUUUGAAUAAUUUCAAGAUUAGUCGAGUUGUCAACAACAAUUAUGCGAUGUAUGAAUCGUAUUAUCAAAAUAUGCCAAUAAAUUUUGGUAAUAGUGAUUUGGUUAUCAAUGACGAUGCUGGCACAUGCAAUCAAGCUUAUUAUGAGAGUAACAUUUUAGAUACCAGUAAUUUUGCUAUCGAAGAAAUGGAAGUUUUUGUGUUUCAUCAUGGUGAUAAUGAAUAA